AUGGCGGGGCGGCUUGCUGCCGUGCCGGAGGCGGGCACCACCGGCGCCAUGGCUCCCUCCCCGCAGCGCAACCUGUACCUCGACUCCAUCCGGUGUGUCACUGUGUCAGGAGGGCGGAUCGUGUCGAUUCCCGUCCACUCCGGACUCAGCUGCUCCGUUGACUCCAGUUCCGCCCCCUCGGAUUCUUACGCAUCCAAAGUCACGGCUUCCUCGGCCGGUUCGUCGUGCGCCGCCGCAGCAGAACUUGGUGCCCACGAGCUCACCAAGAUCGGUCGCCGAAUGAUCAGCGAUGGUUACACCCGGCGUAUGGCCUUGGAGUACUCCGGUGGCUCUGAUGGUGCGCUGGAGACCCUGUUCUCCGAGCUCGACGUGGACUGGGUUCUCCAAAUCCCCGAGGGCCGUGGCUCACGGCGGCAGCUCCAGCUCAACGACUUAGCCGAACGGUGGGUUCGAGCUUUCAUCGUAAUUCUCACCUGUAUUGUAGAGGAGCAGCCAUCGUCACCGUCCGCAAGAUUUGGCAAAGCGAGCAUCAACAAGAUGCUCGUCUUCGUCGACGCCGUCGUCUCUCCUCAAGAGGAGAAAACACUGUCACUACGGGACCUGCUAGAUAUGUAUAUCUGUGUCUCCAGUGCAGCGUACAAUCUUACGGGAACGCUCUCGUUGUCUCCGGGAGUCCAAAACAUUUACAGCGAGAUAGCCUGCUCGUUAUCCAGAGAAGGAGACAAGUUAAACAGAGCCAUGUAUAGCAGGAUGGAGGAGGUGUGGGCACUCAUGGAGAACGACGACUCGUGGGCUUUUGAGAUUCGACGAGGAGGAGGUAAGGUUCACCCAAACACUCAGUUGAUGGUGGAUUGCAUCCUGUCCAUAGUUGAAGCACUGGGCUGGGCAGGGAACUACGCAUGGUUCCAGGACACUACAAACCUUCGUCGCCUAAUAGAUGAAAACGUCCAUUAUCUCAAGGAAUUCCUAUUGAGGAAGUCAGUGCUAUGCUCUGAUCCAACACUGAGGUACCUCUUCCUGCUCAAUAAUUCCUAUUUAGUGGCACAACUGUUUGAGCUACGCCCUGGAGACCACUGGGGACUCACACCUCAAUGUGAGAAGUACAUGGAUGGCUAUCUUGAUGUCUCUUGGAGACCCGUCUUGUCUCAUAUACCGCAGAUGGCUUUCAUGGAGGGCUAUCAGGACGUUCCACGGGGACAUGUGAUGUUCUGCAUUCCAAAAACGUUUUUACAUACACCGUUCCAACGUCUGAUGAAGACCACCUCUCCACUGGCUAAAUUUGAUUCAGCAUUUUGGAAAGCGUACCAGGCUCAGAAGUUCUUGAAGGUUCCAGACCCUUGGCUUCGAUCUGUGCUUCGCGAGACUAUAACCAAAAGAAUCAUUUCACGUUACCGCGACUACCUCGCCUACCUGAAGAAUCAUCCGGAGCUAGAGAAACAUGUCAGCCAUAGAUGCAGCAGUACCAACCAAUUGAAGGAGAUGCUGGGAGAGCUAUUUGAAGGAUGA